AUGAAGUGCUUAGUCUGGAAUGUCAGAGGCAUGAAUGCCUCAACUAAACGGCUGGGGAUUAAGAAGGUGUGCCAAGAUCAUCAGGCUAAAUUGGUUUGUCUUCUGGAAACAAAUGUUAAGGUGGAUAAUUGUGGUGCUAUUUUUGAUAAUUUUAUUCCAGAUUGGAAGUAUGUGCACAAUGGUGAGAUUGAUAAUACUAUUCAGAUUUGGUUGGGCUGGGAUCCGAGUUGUUUUAAUGUUGAAGAAAUUCAAAAAACUAAGCAGUUUAUUCAUGCCAAGGUGUCGAUUAUGGGAACUGCUGGCUCUUUCCUUUGCACUGUAGUGUAUGCUCUCAAUACUGUGGCAGGGCGGAAGGAUUUGUGGGAGGAUGUGGGAAGUCUUGCUAGUGCUAUUGCUACUCCAUGGGCUGUCUUAGGGGAUUUCAAUGUUAUUCGGAAUCAUAAUGAGAAAAUUGGUGGGGACCCGGUUCGGUUUGAGGCUAUUGAUGAUUUCAACACUUUUAUUGAAGACUCUGAGCUGAUUGACUUGAAGUGGAAAGGGGAAGCUAUGACUUGGAAUAACAGGCAAAGUGGUGAUGCUAGAAUUUACUGUAAGCUAGAUAGGGUGAUGGUAAACUUGGCUUGGAUGGAUGUUUUCAGAACUUCAGAGGCUAUUUUUCACCCUCCUGGUCUCUCUGACCACUCUCCUGUAGUGGUGGCUAUGUUAGAUGAGGUUAAUUUUGGCCCUAAACCUUUCAGGUUUUUUGAAGCUUGGAUUGGUAGAGCUGGGUUUGAUGAUAUGGUUCGGAAGGGCUGGGAACAGCCUGUUAGCUUGCUCCUCAAUCCCAUCCUUAGGUUUGCUGCUCAGUUAAGGAAUGUUAAAAAAGAGCUGAAAAAGUGGAAUAAAGGGUGCAUUGGAGAUGUUUUUGUUGCGGUUAAGGCUGCACAAGCUGAGUUGUGCCAAACUCAAUGCAAUCUUAGGGACCACCCUGAUGACCCGAAUCUGGUUCUUUUGGAGACUCAAGCUAAGGUGAAGCAGAAUAGGAAGCAUAUUCUCGAGAUUAAAGGGGAAGGAGGUGAAAUUGUUAAGGAUCCUAGCCAGAUCAAAGAUGAAGCUAUCUCUUUCUACAAGAAGUUGUUUGGAUCUGAUUCGGUGGAUGGUGGUUGUUUUCCCAACUCGGUCCCCUUGCAGAAUGGCCUGUCCCUCUCUCAACAGGGAAGUCUUAUUGGUAGGGUGUCCAAUAAGGAGAUUUUGGAGGUUGUGUUUGCUAUGAAAAAUUACAGAGCUCCAGGAUCGGAUGGGUUUGGGGCUGCUUUUUUCAAACAUUCUUGGGAUGUGGUUGGUGAAGAUUUGACUCUAGCAGUGAAAUGGUUCUUCA